AAUGAGGAGAUUUGAGAGACACCAGAGAGAGAGAGAGAGGGAGAGAGAGACCCAACCAUAAGGAGAAAGGGGGAAUGAGAUGACAACAGAAUGCAGGCUGUGAUACAUAAAAGAGCAUGAUGUAUUGAAUCAAAGGAAAAGGAGAAAUAAAUCUGGAUUUCUCACCGGCAAGGGAGCAAGAAUAAAAGCAUCAGUAUCGCUAAACCACUUAAGGACGUGGAUUAAAAAAGAGAGAGGGAAAGGGAAAGGAGAGGAGGAAAAUAAUCAGAUCACUUGUUUAUUUUCAUGGUCCGUGUGCGCACUUGCUGUCGGUGAGAGUGUGCAUAUGUGUGUGCGCAUAUGGGAAGAGACUGCAUUGCUGUUCACUAGCAGAGGCAUCAGGAGAGAACCAAGCUGAAUCCCUCUUUUUUUCUUUCUCUCUCUCUAUUUCUGUGUUGCACUGUGUGGCAGGAGCAUGUUGGGUGGGUUGAGUACAAACGACAAGCUGAGCUAGCCAAAAGAGAUGGACCUGUAACGCUGUAAAUGCUGUUGGAUCUGGCCAGUGGCUGCGUGGGAUCCCAGGUUUCUAGGUGGAGCCUGGUGGUCUUCAGCUGCUAGGGAGAGUUAAAGCUAAAAGCCCCAGAGAGGAGGAGGCACAAGUAUCUGGGAGUGUGCCGGCAGUGGGGCCCUGCGUGGAGGGAGGGGGCCUGAACCUAAACCCCAAAGAAAAGGAGUUUGCUGCGUUUGUGUUGGCAGGGAGGACGCAUGGCUGGCGUGGGCCUUCCCCCUUCUGUGAGCUGCAGCUGUAGGAGAUUGGACCGGGAGUGAAAGUGAACCAAACCUCCAGGAUAAUGGUUUGAAGAGGUUCCCGCUGCUCCUCCCUGGCCUGACAGGAGGGACCCUACACUCUGGGGGUCUAUUUUGCUUUUUCCUCUUUUUAUUUUUCUCUUUAAGUCAACCCGGGGGAUUUGUUUGGGUGUCUUCCUCCCCCCCACACCUCAUCAUCAUCAUCAUCACUAACCCCACCUCCAUCUCUGUUUUUAGUUUGUUUUCUUUUUUUGAGAUUUGGGGGAUUUGCCAAAACCUAUUUCAUGCAUGUCCACUGGGGGCAGGUUCAACUUUGAUGAUGGGGGGUCAUACUGUGGGGGGUGGGAGGAAGGCAAAGCCCACGGCCAUGGCAUCUGUACUGGGCCGAAGGGCCAAGGCGAGUACUCAGGGUCCUGGAGCCAUGGCUUUGAGGUGGUGGGGGUGUACACAUGGCCCAGUGGGAACACCUACCAGGGCACCUGGGCGCAGGGCAAGCGCCAUGGGAUUGGAAUGGAGAACAAGGGCAAGUGGGUGUAUAAGGGGGAGUGGACAAGUGGAUUUAAGGGACGCUACGGCCUCAGGGAGAGCACCGGCACCAGCGGGAAGUACGAGGGGACCUGGAACAACGGUCUUCAGGACGGAUACGGCACUGAGACCUACUCCGAUGGAGGUACGUACCAAGGCCAGUGGGUGGGGGGGAUGCGGCAUGGAUACGGCAUGCGGCAGAGUGUGCCAUACGGCAUGGCAGCCGUCAUCCGCUCUCCGCUGCGUACCUCCAUAAACUCCUUGCGCUCGGAGCACAGUAACGGGACGGCUCUGCUCACGGACCGGGCCGGCGUGGGGAGUGUGGGCGGGACAGGCUCCACCAGCAGUCCGGCAGUGUCGCGGGGGGGCUUCGUGCUCACUGCUCACAGCGAGGCAGAGCUGCUGAAGGGCAAGAAAAAGGGUCUGUUCCGAGGUCGCUCCAUCCUCAGCGGACUCAAACUGAGGAAGUCAGAGUCCAAGAGCUCCCUGGCCAGCCAGCGCUCCAAGCAGAGCUCGUUCCGCAGUGAGGCGGGCAUGAGCACGGUAAGCUCGGUAAACUCUGACAUCAACUCCACCAUCAGCCUGGGAGAGGGCGAAGCCGAGCUGGCCGUCGCCGAGGACGAUGUGGACGCCACGGCAACGGAGACCUACUGCGGCGAGUGGAAGAACGACAAGCGCACGGGCUGUGGGGUGAGCCGGCGCUCGGACGGCCUGCACUAUGAGGGUGAGUGGGUGGGAAACAAGCGGCACGGGUACGGCUGCACCACCUUCCCUGACGGGACCAAGGAGGAGGGCAAGUACAAGCAGAACGUCCUGGUGAGCGGCAAAAGGAAGAACCUAAUCCCCCUCCGAGCCAGUAAGAUCAGAGAGAAGGUGGACCGGGCUGUGGACACGGCCGAAAAGGCUGCGGACAUCGCCAAUCAGAAGGCUGAGAUCGCCAUGUCCAGGACGGCCCAUGCACGGGGAAAGGCGGAGGCGGCCAUGGGAGCCAGCCAGAAGGCCCAGGAGGAGUGUCGCCUCGCCAGGGUCACCGCCAAAGGGUUCUCCCCCUCCUUCCAGCACCGCGAAAACGGAGUAGAGGUCCAAAGGCCAAAGCAUCAGAACUCCAGUGAGAACGACAUUGAGGUGAUCUCCAGUGGCACGGGGCCAGACAGUCCUGAACUCUACAUAAAGGGCACCACACCCCCCAACCUGACCCCUGACCUUAGUCCUGAGGCCAGCCACCCCUCCUCGCCCCCCUGCAGCCCCACCACCUCCAAGCCAUACCGCACCAAGAACGCACGCUUCCUGCGGCAGAGUGCUGUGGACGACGCUGGGGGUGGUGGCGGUGGGGGAGGGGGCGGUGGGGGUGGGAGAGGGGGCAGUGGUGGCCAGGAGAUCCAGGUGCUAAUGGAGGGCCGUGGAGGAGGGGAGUACCUAAGGGCCAACAGCUGGAGCGAGGACAAACGCUCUUCUAAAGAGGGCAGCAGGGGGGGCAGCAGGGGCAGCAGUCGCUCCACCACCCCCUCUGUCCAGGACGAGGCCAGGGGCCGCACCAACGGCCACGGCCAUAAGCAUGCCUCCUCCAAUCACAAGUCUCGAGAGCAUGGCUCGUCCAAUCACAAGGCCUCCAGGGACCGAUGGUCGGACUGCCCGUCGGCAUCGUGGAGGUCCCAGCGGACGCACAGCGGUGACACGCGGCUGCUGGAGCAGGAUGAGGAGAAGCUGAGCAACUACGAGAUGGAGAUGAGGCCGCUGCAGCCCAUGGACUCCAACUCCCAGAAGCCUUAUGGGUUGGGAGAGGAGCACCAUGGUCACAGUGGCGAGGCCCGCUCCCACACGCUGCAGAGACAGCGGCCUUCUAAGACCCGGGAGGCCAGGGAGGGCAGGGAAAGGGAGGCAGCACGGCCGUCAGGAGCACGGGAGGGCAAAGAGAGAAAGGAGGGACCGGCCCCAGACUCAAUGCAAAAGCUGGACAGUCUGAGCAAGGGGGACAAGUUGGAGGCUCGGCCUCUGCGCAGGGAUCUCACCCUCUCCCCCCCACAGAAAUCCUCACCCAUUGCACUAGAACACGACGACGACAAGAAACUAACCCAGCUCAAAGCAAACUCGGGCUCCAGCUCAAUUCUGGUCAUCAUGGUGAUUUUGCUCAACAUUGGAGUUGCAAUUUUGUUUAUUCACUUUUUUAUUUAAAAAUGGAUUGCCUAUUAAUUCCUAUUAUUAUCUAUGCUAUUAUUAUAACAUAUUAUGAGUAUUAUCAUGACUAUACAGCCCUUGGGCAUUUGACACAAUGUAAAGAGUACAGUAAGAGGAUUAACAAUAUGGGGAUAAAGCUGGUUCCCAAUGCCCAGAUGAAAGAUAAGCAGUGAUCUGCAAAAAAAAAAAAAAAAAAAAAAAAAAAAAUGUAAUUCUUUCUCUCCCUGACAUUACCUGUUUUUCAUCAUAAAUCAAUGUUUAAAAAAGGUUUGUAACUUAUAAUUUAACUUAUUAAUUUGCUCACGUAUGAUAUAUUCAUUUAAAUUAUUUUUUAUUCCUUACUUGCCUUUUCUCUGUUAAUAUUGCUGAUGUUCUUUUGGUUUAGUUUGUCUGGAAUGGUAGACUCAGAUGAGCACUUCUUGUAUAAUGGUGUAGCGGGUCGAAUGAGACAGGAUAUAAUGUAUCUAGUCUGGUUAUGGCUGUGUCCACCUGACCUGGGUUCAAAAACUAUUUGACAUAAUUUAAAAUUAUUUAGCUGUGCUUGAUUGAGCUUGCCUGUUGCACUGGAAACAAUAGAAACGUCUGAAAAGUGCAAAACCCUGCCUACCUGGUGGUUGAGGCAGGCUAAAGCAAAUGCUGAAAGUAUUUGAAAGAUUUCAAGUAGUAUUUGAACCCAGGCGUGUUGUCCACCCAGGUAAUACAAUGUUAAAGGGAUGGGAAAUGGACCCCUGUCCUACCCACUGCCCUCCAAUCCCUCCCCCUUCUCUCCCUCCUGACACGUUGUUCCUCUUCCCAAUUAUUAAUUCAGUCUCUCUUCCCCCCUUACUCCCCUUCCCGGUAGUCCCCUCAUGACAUCACGCCGUAUCCUGUUACCCCUUUAUUUGUUUCAUGUAACUCUCCUUUUAUUCAAUCCUGCACCAUGCUCCCCUAUUCCUACAACCAGCCAUCUUAACCAAGACUUCCCCAAAUAGACCAGAGAAUGUCCAUGGCAAGCAGGUGUUUCAUGAAAAAUGAAACAACAUAUAUAUAUAUAGAUAUGAUUAAAUAAAAUAGGGCUACAAAAACACUUUUGCAACUACAGAUCCUAGUUAGCAACAGGACAUGUUUACAAUCUGAAAAACCGGGAUGACCAACACAAAAUUGCCUCUAACAACUAUAGCACCAUAAAACCUAUCUAUGUUAGAAAACCUGUUGCAAAUUUAGCAACUUGGGUUACCAAGAUUGAGCCAUGUGCAAAUAACAAAUAACUACUGUAUAUCAACUCUAAUCUGUCUGCAACUGGAGUAGGAAUAGUUUUGUCUGAAAGGGCUUCUAAUGUGAAAGAUUCUCUUUAUAGUCAACAUACAACAAAAUGAACAAAUUAUCUAAAGGAAAGAACUCUCAAACACACACACACACACAUUGUACAAUACCAUGUACACAACAGGUACAAUACUCCCACACAUACAGUGGUAUGUGAAUGAUAAGCUAUAUUCAUAUAAAAUAUUGACAUUCCAAAAAACUUUCUCAAUGUCUCUCUGGCCUUUAACGCACAGGUUGAACUUUAUAUGAGGACUAGCGAAUAACAUUCUGUCAGUUCUCAUCUAUCUGCUCCUCUGUCCCCUACAGAGCCGUUCUCUCUCUCUCUCUCUCUCUCUCUCUCUCUCUCUCUCUCUAUCUAUCUCUAUAUCUAUCUAUCUAUCUAUCUAUCUAUCUAUCUAUCUAUCUACAGUAUCAUGUCUAAAGGUUUCUACCCAAACCUGACCCCACACACCUGGUCUGGUCUGGAGGCACUCGCUGGCCGUACUGUAAGAGGCCUAGUGCAAGUUCAGAGACUGUUAUGUUUAAAACUGCUGCUUUCAAAACAAAUGAUUUACCAAGACAGAAAAAAAAUCAUAUUUUUGAGCUAUUUGCAAGACUUCUGAAGAAACGCCUACUGCCUUGUUUUAUAAAGUUGAAAAAAAUAUCUAAAAUGCAUGCUCAUGUAUGUUUUAGUUUUGUAUAGAUACAUCUUUUUGGGGAAAAAUAUAAAUGUCUCCUCUAGCCCUCUACUGCUAAUAUUCCAUCCUAUUUUUUGGGGGAAGAUUUAGGCUUUUCUCCCCCUCCACCCAGAUUUCAUUGUUGAUAAAACACCAAGGAAAAUCUGAUAUAUUUAGAACACUUAUUAAGAGGAACAUACUAGGAAAAAAACACUCUUUUCAACACUCUUACAAGUUGGGGGCAUAAACUAGUAUUUCACUGCCUCUCAAACCUGAUUCUUCCUCGCUGUCACUGUCCUCCAGCUCACUGUCCUCACUAUCAGAGGGUGAUCCUAACUGCUCCAUUAGGAUCCUUUCGCCCAUAUAAUGUCGCUGUGUCCAUUGCAUGUGAAUGUCAGUGGAUAUUUUGGCAAAAAUAUCCAUAUCCAUCAAAUGUCUUUCAUUGAGCAUGAUAUUGCCCUGAAAAGUAGCCUAACUGCACAACGUUGCCCUGAGGCAACAAAAAGAAAACGACAUUUGUUUUUUCAUAUAUAUAUAUAUAUAUAUAUAUAUAUGUGUGUGUUCAAAAAUCAAAUAUGCUUCUUUACAGGUUCCUACACAAUUAGAUAUUUUUAAUUGUCAAGUUAUCUCUAGUUAAACAUGCAAAAUAAUAUAAUGUAUUGUACACUUCAGUCACACCACGUGCUCAGGUUGCUCUGCUUCCUGAAAGAAGGUCCCUCCCCCAGUUGAUACAUCAUACCAACUUCUGCACCUCAUUGGAUUGUUUACAAACAUGUCAUCACAUAUUAUCAUAAUAUGGGGAGGUUGAGGGGCAAAAAUAUUUUCUGUUGCCUAAGGGCAACGAUGUGCAGUAGAGGGCUAGUUUUGGAAGCAGUAUAAGAAGGGAGUGGGAGGGUGGGGGGGCUGCAAAAAAAAUACAAAUAAAAGUGGUACUACAGGCUUUGCCAAGUUGCUCUUAGUCCUGAGCAAGCAGAACUUUUCCAGAUGUUGUCCAGUACUGUUCUGUGAAGCAGACUCUUCCAUAGGGUAGCCUGGGCUUGCGCUACAGUACAGUACAUUACAGUACAUUACAAGAUCCAGACACAGGCUACUAGUCUACUGCAUCCCACUGCUUCUCCAAGACAAAGCCCACAUCUUAGACGCAAUGAAAACAAGAGAGAAAAAACAAACAGACAAACUAAGAGAAGUGUUUUGCUUUUUUUUUUUUAUAUAUAUAGCUGGCUAACUAACUCAAAGACUCUGAGAUGUUUUUAUAGCAUGUCUCUAAGGGGCUUGUACUCCACCCUGAUUCUCCUGGUCCUCCUGUAAGUGAUCAUCCGGUCUGUGUGUGCUCGCUCUUCUCUUCCUCCUAUGCCUCUCCGUUUCUCUAUCCAGCAAAGUUAAACAGAGCUGCCAAUGUGAAGGAAUGAAAGUUGGGUCCAAACGUGUGGAGUUUUAUUUUUCAACAACGUUUGCUCCCCCAGUCUUGACUACAUGAGUUAGUAGGUACUGUUGGAAACUGGACUGAUGCCGUUAGAGGGUUAAGGCAUAUUAUGGGAAAGGGUUUACUGAUUCAAAGAACAACUAUGGAAAAGUGUUCCAGUGGCUGUUGAUGAUACUGAGAGGUGCAGAGGUGACGACUGGCUGAUCUACCUGCUCCUGUGGUUUUUCUACCAUUCCGACUGGAAGUACCCAUCGCAUGCCAAAGCAUGCCCAGUUCUUUUCUUCUCCUCCUCUCUUUUAUUUCUUUACUUUUUGGGGGUCUGUUCGUUUUUGAGUUAUGUGGAGAAAAUAAUGAAAGUGUUUGAAAGAAAA